AUGCUUACUCGUCGAUGCAAUUGUGGUAACAUACAAAAGGCUGUUCGCUGUGGUACAAUUGCUGAAGUAAAGUGCGACAAAGUACUGAUGGAUUCCGAUUGCUUGCCCUGUGCGGUCGAUCACCGCUGUAAAGGAGUUUGCCACGAAGGUGAUUGUGAGCCAUGCGAAGUGGUAAUCAAACAAAGCUGCUUCUGUGGAUCGUCUUCACGUGAAGUUCCUUGUUCCGAGAAAGGUGAUUCCGAGAAGUACUCCUGUGGCGCUCCAUGUAGUGGAAUGUACACAUGUGGCAUUCAUCGAUGUACGAAGAGCUGCCAUUCGAUGAGUGAGUCCGGAUGUGGACCAUGCCCAUCGGCACCUGAGCGCAUUACUCAUUGCCCUUGUGGACGUUGCACGCUGGAUGAGUUAGGAAUCGAGCGAAAAUCGUGCGAGGACCCGAUUCCUACAUGUAGAAAUGUCUGUGCUAAAGUGCUAAUGUGUGGCAGUCCUGAAAAGAGGCAUCGUUGUCGAGCAUUAUGUCACCCUGGCGAUUGUCCUCCUUGUGGUUUGAAUACUUGUGUGAUAUGUCGAUGCAAGCAGGUAAAGCGGACAUUACCCUGUACGGAAUACGUGAAACCUGAAGGUGAGUUCCUGUGUGAAAAACGUUGCAAGAAGAGGAAAUCCUGCGGAAUUCACAAAUGUCAAGAGCGAUGCUGUGUGCUACCGGAACAUUUAUGUUUACAGGUAUGCAAUAAGCGUCUUUCAUGUGGCUUGCAUUUCUGUGAGAGCAUUUGUCACGCCGGUCAAUGUUUCGAAGAGCAGUACUGUCAUUGCGGACGCACAAUGCGCCCACCACCGGUGCCUUGUGGUGCUCCCUUGCCAGAGUGUGAUGAGCCGUGUGCUCGACCGCACGCUUGCAAUCAUCCUGUUACGCACCAUUGUCACAGCGAAGAACGUUGUCCGCCUUGUACAGCUCUCGUCGAAAGAAUGUGCUACGGCAAGCAUGAGGUGCGCAAGAACAUUCCGUGUCACCUCGAAGCUGUUUCAUGUGGCAGACUCUGUAAUAAACCGUUGAGCUGUGGAGUGCAUAACUGCAAUAGGAACUGCCACGCUGGCGAGUGUACAAAGGAAGGUGAAAAGUGCUCACGACCUUGCAUGAUAUUACGUCGACCAUGCGAGCAUCCGUGCGCGGUGCCAUGUCACGGCUCUGAGCCUUGUCCGGAAACAGAAUGCCGGCAUCCGGUCAAUGUAACAUGCGAGUGCGGGAAACGCAGGAGUACACUGAAAUGCUCGGAGUUUGAAAAAAUGACCGCUCGUCUACGAGCUGUCGAUGCUGAAGAGAGCGAAGGUGAUCCGAGUAAUGAAUCAGCCGGUGUAGGGACUUUGAAGAAAUCGGCUAGUAUGGAAAAGUUGAACUGUUUGCCUUGCGAUGAUGAAUGCAAGAAAUCGGCUCGAAACAAAAGGUUAGCAGAAGCUCUACAGUUGGUAACCGAUGAGAACGGCAUGUUGGAAAGGGAACCCACAAUCACUUUUACGGAGUGUAUGAAGGUUGAACUACGUACUAACGCUGCUUUCGUCGUUGAGGUGGAGAAGACGUUCCUGGAACUUCUGGAUAAAGUAGCCGACCCGACUUACCUGGCUCCAACGAUCAAUCACAAUUUCCGCCCGAUGUCUGUGGAUAAACGUCGUUUCAUUCAUGAGUACGCGGCAUUCUUCUCUAUUGAAACGGCAGGUGUCGACGAUCCACCGAAACGAAGUGUCAUAGCAACCGCAAAGAGGGGAGUCAGCCGUGCUCCGCUGGUGCUGCUAACGUCUCUACAAAAGUACCCAAGUAUGUUGAAAUCGGCCGGUUCAGUGACAUUGAAAAGCAGCUUCAAUGAUGAUCCGAAACGGAAAGGAGAACAAACAACCGAGGAUACGAACAACACCACAUCAUGCAUGAAAGCACUUCGAGGUGCUCGUCUGUUCAAGAAACGUGUCGCUCCUCAAAUUGCUCGCCCGUCACCGUUACCACAAUUCAAUCACUUUGCCGUUCUGAUAAGUGACGAUGAAGAUACUAACUCGCAGCCUGCUAUGACCCAAGUCGACUAUUCCAAGAAAGAGGAACUUCUCGAAAAGGAUCCCAACUGGUGGAGCGAUGAGGAGGAAGAGGUCAACUCGUCCGAUGAGGCCUGUCAUGAAAUCGCAGCCCUGAUGGACGAUCUUGUGCUUCGAGUAUGCAAGACGGAAGGUUCCGAUGAACUCAUGGAAAGCGAUGAAGUGUCGGCGGCUUGUAAGGAGUCGUGGAGUGACGAGGAGUAA